AUGUCCGCCCCUCAUCAUCAGGAAGACCCUCAAAUCUCGUUCAACUCUUUGUACUGCGUGGCAGAACAAUCUCUAUGGAACAAUGAAGAUUCAGUUUUGCACACCACCUGCUUGAUAAAAGGCCGAGGAGAAAAGAACAGCCUUAUUGUGGAGUUCCUGGAGCAGGACCUUUGGGAAGAUGAUGAGUUGAGGUUUUUACUGGUCAAAGAGCAAGAAAAAGAACCGCCACGUGGCUUUGAGGGAAGUCCGUUUCUGGUGAAGGCCAGGGUUGAGGGGGUGGAGUGGAUGCUCAAGGUCGUUGGGCACUAUUCCUUUUCUGCCCUCACUGCGGUUCUUGCAGUUGACUAUCUUGAUAGGUUUUUGUGCGGGUUUGAGUUUCAUGGGGAGAAAAGGCCAUGGGUGACUCAGCUAGCUGCUGUGGCUUGCCUCUCUCUUGCUGCUAAAGUUGAGGAGACUCAAGUUCCUCUACUUUUGGACCUCCAAGUGGAGGAUCCCAAGUACGUGUUCGAGCCGAAGACGAUUCAGAGAAUGGAGAUUUUGGUUCUUUCUACCCUUCAAUGGAGGAUGAACCCUGUCACUCCACUCUCAUUUCUCGAGUACAUUGCGAGAAGCCUCAAAUUCAAAGACCAUUUUCGCAGGGAGUUUCUGAGGAGAUGCGAGUGCCUUCUUGUUUCUGUGAUCUCUGACUGUAGAUUCAUGUGCCAUUUGCCUUCUGCAUUAGCUACUGCUAUAAUGGUGUAUGUCAUCAGCAGCCUUGAGCCUUGUGUUUUUGUGGAGUAUCAAGAUCAACUAAUGGGCAUUCUUGGUAUCAACAAGGACAAGGUGGAGGAUUGCUGCCUGAUAGUACAACAAGUGGCCACAAGUGUUGAUUUUGUUACAGGCAGGAAGAGGAAAUUUGGUGCAAUGCCUGGGAGCCCAAAAGCAGUGGUGGAUGUGUCUUUCAGCUGUGAUGAUACCUCAAAUGAACUGUGGGGACUUGAUUUCAGCCCAAGCCCAACUGCUGCUGCUGCUGCUGCUUCAGUUUCCUCAUCACCACAGCCUCUGUCCAAGAAAAUCAAGGCCCAAGAGAGCCCCCCAAACAAAGAGAGUGCAAUUUUCUGA